CUAGGCAUGCAGACUGCUUCUACAAACAUUUGUGAAAGAAUGAAUCGCUCUCAGGAGCUUAGUGAAUUCAAGCAUGGUACCGUGAUAGGUUGUCACCUGUGCAAUAAAUCCAUCCGUGAAGUCGCCAACUGUCUGCAGAGUCAAUAGCUAAAGCCCUCAAAACUUCAUGUGGCCUUCAGAUUAGCACAAUAACAUGUAAAGCAUGCUGCCACUGGACUCUAGAGGAGUGGAGAUGUGUUCUCUGGAGCAAUGAAUCACACUUCUUUGUCUGGCAAUCCAAUGGACAUGUCGGGUUUGGCGGUUGCCAGGAGAACAGUACUUGCUUGACUGUAUUGUGCCAAGUGUAA